UUCAGACAACCGCCCCCCGCCUCCUGUACAACAACACUAGCUGGGCAAGGCUAUCCGACAACAACAAUAAUGGAGGAACUAAACAGCAUACUACAAAAAACCAAAGAUAAAUCAACGCAGAAGGAGCAGGAUGAGAUUCUGCUGCAGCCCUUCACAUACAUACAACAGAUUCCUGGGAAGCAAUUCCGCUCCGAGCUGGCCUUGGCCUUCAAUCACUGGUUGCUCAUACCGGCCGAGAAGCUGGCGCAGAUCGGGGACAUUGUACAGAUGCUGCACAAUUCCAGCCUGCUCAUUGAUGAUAUUGAAGACAAUUCGAUACUUCGCAGAGGUGUGCCCGUGGCGCAUUCCAUUUACGGAGUAGCCAGCACGAUAAACGCGGCCAACUACGCCCUCUUCCUGGCCCUGGAGAAGGUGCAACAGCUGGGACAUCCAGAGGCCACCAAAGUCUAUACAGAGCAGUUGCUGGAACUGCAUCGGGGACAGGGUAUGGAGAUCUACUGGCGCGACAGCUUCACCUGCCCCUCGGAAUCCGACUACAAGCUGAUGACAGUGCGAAAAACCGGGGGUCUGUUCAUGCUGGCCAUUCGAUUGAUGCAGCUGUUCAGCAGCAACAAGGAGGACUACUCCAAGCUGACGGCCAUUCUGGGCCUGUACUUCCAGAUACGCGACGACUACUGUAAUCUCAGCUUAAAGGAGUAUACGGAGAACAAGAGCUUCGCCGAGGAUCUGACGGAGGGCAAGUUCGGCUUCCCGGUAAUCCAUGCGGUGCGCACCCAGAAGCAGGAUAAACAGGUUUUACACAUAUUACGCCAGCGCACGCACGACAUUGAGGUCAAGAAGUACUGCAUCAGCCUGCUGGAGAAGCUGGGUAGCUUUCAGUAUACACGCAAGGUGCUGGAGACCCUCGAUGCGGAAGCGCGAGCCGAGGUGGCCCGACUGGGCAGCAAUCCGUACAUGGACCGGCUGCUGAACAAGCUGCUCUCGUGGAAGACCAGCGACAGCGCCAGCAUCACCCAGUCGAACCAGAUCAAUCACAACAACGUGUCCCGGACCAGCCCCAACCAGAACACGCUCAAUUGCAAUUAGCAGCCAAAGAGGCAAAAGAGGGAGCAAUUGUGAAUUGUGAUUGCCAACGGCAGAGCCAGAGCCUCUUUUGCCGCCAACCAGAGAGUGAGGAGUCAUCAGCAGCAGCAGCAACAGAAUCAUCACCAGGCCAGCAGCCAGGCGCCAAAUGCCUGCCUCAUUGCAUCCCUGCUGCGAUUUCUGCAGAAACUUAAAAUAUUCUGAUACAUAUUUUUGUGUUACCCUUGGCGCCACGUUUUAAUUUCAAAACCCAAAUGUGGGAAGGAUGGAAAUAGGAAAAAGAAAUAGAUAUGGAAUUGGAAUUGGAAUUUGAAGAGAAAAACCAACAGCAGCCUUACACAAAAUUGUUAAGCCAAAAGUAAAGAGUUAGAGAGAGUUAUAAGCCAAGCUUAUAGCGGCGAGCCAUAGCACAGCUUUCCAAGAAUUUGUUUAUGUUUUAGUUGAAGCGUUUAGUUUAGUUUGAAUGAUUAGCCCCCCUUUCCCGCAUUAACUUAAUUAUAGGAUAAAUGCAAUUUUUUUAGGCUCUCGUAUUUCUAAGUGUCUCAUAUUUCGUAUUCGUAACUCGAUGGGGUGAUUCUUGAAGCAAUUUUUUCGAUUUCUAAGUGUCUAAGUGUCGUUAUUUCCAACUCAACUCAACUCACACUCGAAACAAAAUGUGCACUUCCUUUAUCGACGUUGUUCCAUUUUAAUUGUUAAAUUCGUAUACAUACGUACUAUUAACGACAAAUUGUUAACGUUUUAUGCAACAACUACACGAAAAAAAAUCAACAAAAAUAAGUGACAAAAACCUACAAGUAUAUAUUGCAAAUAAUGAUAAUGAUGCACUGCACAGCAGAUUUUUGCACAUUGCACCACCUAAAGUAUAUAUUAUAUAUGAAUAUAUAUAUUUUUAUUGUAGUUAUACACUUGAAACAGAAAACUAACUAACUGAAAACUGAGAAAUCGGCAGAGGAGCGAGGAUUUAACAGAUUGCUGAAGCGAUAAAUGAAACAAAUUGUAAACUAUGCAAACAUUUUAUGGUAGGACUACGACGACUAAUAGCCGAGGAUAACUACUGAAGCAGGAGCACCUAACAUUUUGCCCAUAUACCACUACUGGAGUAACAUUGAAAUAUAUGUACAUGUAUUUAAAUAAAUAUUUAUGCAAGUUGUCAACUGAA